AUGAGCAUGUUGAAGAAGAAGUCAAAGACAGAGGAUUGGGAUAGCAGGAAGGGUUCAGGCACCAAUACAUCAUCGUCAUCAUCACCAUCUGUUGCUACUACAAAGACCGAACCAUCGACUCAGGGAAUGAAUGGAAGUAGCAACAACAUAAAGACACCGAUAAAGGCAAAGAAGGAGGAGAAAAGUGAUACAAAGAAUGACAACAAGGACAGCAAGGACAUGAUACCAGGUCUAAACUUCAAGUAUGGACAGAGUGUCUAUGGUCGAAUGCCAGGUUAUCCACUAUGGCCUGCAAGAAUACACAAUCCAGCACAUUCAAUAUCAAGUGAGGUCAAGAAGGCACAGCCAAAGAAUCAAACAGUAGUCCUACUACACUUCUUCUCGAGUGAUGACUAUGCUUGGCUAUCACCUGACUGCGUGUUUGACUUCAAGAAGACGACGUUGAAGAAGAAACCAACACAGAAAUCAUGGCAACGAGCAUACAAGUCUGCUCUGAGGUAUAUCAAGAAUGGAGAGCAGGCUGACUAUGAGGAUUCAUCAUCAUCCGAUGAGGAUGAACGAUCUGACGACUCUGGAUCCGAGUACAACAGUGGCGAUGAUUACGAGCAGGUCAGCGACAUUGAAGAGGAACUGAGGUCAGUCAAGGAGAAAGAGAAGAAGGUUAAGGAAAGGGAGAGGGAGAAGGAGAGGGAGAGAGAACGUGAACGUGAACGUGAGCGCGAAAAGGAGAAAGAGAAGGAGAGGGAGAGGGACAGGGCAAAGAAGAAGGCGUCGGACAAACAACCAACAUCUAGAGCUUCAACUACCUCGACUUCCUCAACCUCCUCAUCAUCAUCGACGCCAUCAUCAAUCAAGAAGAAACCUACUGCGAGCAAACCAUCAAUGUCGACAACAACACCUUCUCCUGUGGUCAUCAAGAAGACGACGUCAUCGUCAUCAACAUCAUCAUCAAACAAUAAUAGUGGACACAGGGUCAAGACCCUGUCAGAGAGGAAGGCAUCACUGGCAGAGAAGAAGAAGAAGAGGCAAGAGGCAAAACGCAAGGCUCAAAUGCGCAAAAAGGAGAGCAGCAGUGAAAGUAGCGACAGCAGCGAUGAAGACAGCGACCGCAGCAGCAGUGGCAGCAGCUUUGGAUCGGACGACUUGCCAAGUCCAAAGCGUGGUCGGGAUCAGGAUGUCAAAAAGAGCCACCACAAGAGGCUGAAGAAGAUGAAGGACUCUUCUCCUUCCGCUGCUGCUGCUGCCGCGGAUGAUGCAAAUGUGAAGAGGAAACUCAAGUCAUCGUCUGUGUUGUCCUCAUCGACAUCAUCGACAUCUUCAUCAUCCUCGGCAGCGCCAUCACUCACAUCAUCGACAUCCUCUGCGCCCACGUCUGCCAAGACAGCCAAUAGACUGAGCAGCAGUGGAAACAAUAUCAACAUCCGAUCACCACCACUCCAGCCUUUGGCCACAUCAUCGCCACCUCCUCCCUCACUCUCAUCCAAGUCCAUGACGACGACGACCACAACCACAACGAUAAUCAAUCGGUCGACAGCAACCGCACCGACAUCCAGCUCAUUCACAAUCGAAGAAACAACGCCAUACUACAAGGAGCCACCCAGAAACAUCAUCAUAUCCAAGAACACACAGACUACACACUCGCCAUGGUCCGUCGACCCGAUCGACAAGUCGGCGUCCACUUCCGCACCUGUCGUGCCUCCCUCACAGGCACCACUACCAUCGCCAAUCACUCAGCAGCAGUUACCACCUCAUCAUCAUCAUCUCAAUGAGUACUCGAGCUUCGAAGCACCGUACAAGCCAAGUGCAUACUCGGCUGCGAGCACACAGAUGUUGGACGACCACUAUCGCGCCUAUGGCGGUGCUGCUGGUUCUGUUGGCAAGCCAGGCGUCGACGACUAUCUGAAACUAUCCAAUGGAUCACUGCCACCUUAUCCAAUCAAGCCUGGCGAUCCACUGUACGCACAUCCUCCACUGGCGCACCAUCUCAGCGAGGGAAGGGUGUCGCCUCUGCACGCCAAACAGGACUUCCUCGAAGAGGAGAGGAGGUAUCGCGCAUCAUUUGGAAGGGAGCGCGACUAUGGACAUCCCCCCAUCCCGCCCCCUGGCGCCCCGCUACGCGGUCCUCGUGACCCGCGUGACGGCUACCCCCCACCUUUGCCAAUGCCAGGCGGUGGAGGUGAAUACAUCGACAGAGUCAGGGACCCGUACGUAGAAGGAUACAAACGACCUGGACCAUACUAUGACAACCUGUCUCCUCGAGGAGACCCGUACGGCCGCCCGCCACCCCCACCUCCGUAUGGCGUUGCGCCUCCUCCUCUUCCUGGCUGGGAGCGCGACGAAUGGGACUUGGAACGCAGACAAUGGGAAAGAGAAAGAGAAAGAGAGUACGACAGACGAGACAGGGAGUGGCGACGCGAAUGGGAGAUGGAGCCGGGUCGCGAGAGGGGAGGACGAGGCAUGCCAGACUACCCUCCCAGAGAGCGAUAUAGAGGCGGUGGAGGAGAGAGAGGCCGACCGCCUCCACCAGCCUAUGCCACCACCCAAGGCGUACCUCCACAUAUCAAUCCAGUGGCAACAGGUGAUAUUACAUACUCAUUGACCGACAAGCCAGUGAAGGAGAGCAAAUGGGAUAAAGGUGGCAGCAGCAGCAGCAAUGUACAGGUGCCAACAACAACAAACAGCAACAACAAUAGCAGUGGUGGUGCUGGUGAUAGAUAG